AUGACUCGAUGCCACUUUCUCCAGAAGGCUCUUGCCACCAUCGCCGCCUUCGCCGGGCUUGCUCUUUCUCAGGCAUCCAUCACUUCUUGUCCCUCGCAGGUUAGAACAGUCAGCGGCCCCAGCGGGGCUUCAUAUGCCAUCUGUGCAAGCACAGACUACCGUGGUCCCUCGGACCAAGUUCUCCAGGAUGUUGGGACCCUGCAAGCAUGCGUACAGAUGUGUGAUGCCCAGGGCGGGCAGUGCGUGCGCGCCGUGUACGACAACGAAAACGCCAUUUGCCACUUCAAGUCCAAUCAGCCCGGCGCCCUCACCUGGGUCCAGGACAGUCAGUUUAGCACAAUCGUGAAGAGCGCCUCCCGGGCAGGUGCUGGACAGGGCGCCCCUCCUCCUGCCAACCCAGCAACUGGCACGGCGGGUGCAGCACUCUCCCAGUGCCCCUCUGGGGACAAAGCGCUCAACACAAUCACCGGCGCCCAAUUUCUGAUCUGUGAGAAUACGGACUUCCGGGGCGACAGCGCCUCCGUCACGGGUGCCGCAAGCACAGAAUCAUGUGCAGAGCUGUGUGCCCAGACGGCAACAUGCACAAACGCCGUGUUUGACAAGGUCAACUCGGAGUGCCAUGUCAAGGGCGACCCGACGACUACCAGCCUGACCUGGGUGCAAGAUCAGCAAUUCGACGUGAUUCGGUUGAACAUGGGAGGUUUGGGCGGCGGCGGAGGAAGUGGUUUCGCCCCUCCCCCAGCGACGCCGCCUGCUUUUGUGCCUGCACCCGCGCCAGCACCUCCAAAGCAGGACCCUGGUCCAGAUGUCGACCCAGCCCUGAUUGGCUUCCUACUUGGAGGUCUUGGGGCGCCACGGCCACCACCAGCGGCGCCACCUCAAGGGCCUCCCCCGGGCUUUGUAGGACCUCCACCGGCUGGACCUCCGCCGCCUGGCUUUCCGCCGCCUGGACCUCCGCCGGCUGGACCUCCGCCGGCUGGCUUCUUUGGCAUACCGUUUGCCAAGCGGGAGCUUUCUUCUGAUGAACACAACAAGAAAUCGCGGGGGAAGAUGGCUCGCAACUUUGUGGCGUAG